AUGUCUGCUCUCCCCGAAACCAUCAAGGCGCUGCAGAUCCUUCCCGAGAAGAAGGGCGUGCAUGUCGUCACCAUCCCUUGGGCCUCCCAAGAAAAGGUGCAAAACUUGGCCGAUAACGAGAUCAUGAUCCGUGUGAGGGCGGUGGGCUUGAACCCCACUGACUGGAAGCACGUUUUCCUAGUGGGUAAGGCUGGGACUAUCGCGGGGUGCGACGCUGGGGGCGACGUUGUGAAGGUUGGGUCAGCCGUCAAGCACCUGAAGGUCGGUGACCGGACAGCGGCGUUCACCUACGGCUCUUCGUGGCAGACGGACAAUGGCGCAUUUGCCGAGUAUGCUCGCUUCAACAGCGCCGUGGCAUUCAAGCUUCCGGAGGACAUGACUUACGAGGAGGCCGCGUCGUUCCCGAUCCCUCACCUCACCGCAGUGCAAGCAUUCUACAUGCGACUGGGCCUGCCGAAGCCCUUGACUAGUCCCCUCAACGAGAAGAUCCUCAUCUGGGGCGGCUCAAGCGCUGUCGGCCACCACGCCGUGCAACUCGCUAAGCUCUCCGGGCUUACAGUCUUCGUCACCGGCUCCCCGGCCGUCUGGGACGAGCUCAAGUCCCUCGGCGCCGACUUCACCUUCGACUACAAGGACCCCGACAUCGUCUCCAAGAUCCACGCCGCCGCCGGGCCUGAUGGCAUCAUCUACGGCCUCGACACCAUCGCCGGGGGUGGCACCGUCGAAAAGACCAUCGACGCCAUGUCGAAGACGCGCGGCGGCAAGGUCAUCACGACGCUCCAGAUCUCUGAGGAGCUCGCCAAACGCAGGCCGGACGUGAGCGCGGAGUUCACGUUGGUGUACACGGAGAUCGGGCGCGAGAUUGUCUUUGGCAGCGGACAGAAGCUCCCGGCGAUGCCGGAGGAUGAGGCGCGGGCGCUGGACUAUGUGGCGCACGAUCAGCCGAAGAUCCUCGAGGGGUGGAAGGCGGGGCAGGGUGCGCCCAAGUUCAAGGCUCAGCGGCUGCGCAAGCUUGAGGGUCUCGAGAACAUCCAGGAGGGCUUGAAGAUCAUGGCCGAGGGUAACUACGGACGGGAGAAGCUGGUGUACACCAUCGCCUGA